AUGCUGAUUACACUCACCUUCUGUCUCUGGUUUGGGAUCAAUGUACAUGCAGACGAUAACACCAGCUCGACCAUUGCGAACGAUGAGAAUUUUCUGAAUAGCACUCGUCUCCAUGUGGCUACAGGGUUAUCAACGCCCUUCGACGAGCAUGCAGAGCUUGCCAAGAUAGCCACAUCUUGCUUUAGCUCCAGCAAUUUCGAGCAGCUAGCAGGCUACAUCGUUCGUGGUACCGUAGCGCGAAUACUUGGCAAUGUAUUGAUCCGAGAAAGUGUAGUGAUUAUAGGUCUCACAGAGUUACGUGCGACAUUGAAUUUAACGCCACUGCCUCCGUGGCAACACUUUAACGACACGGAUCCCAGUGACAGCGAUCUUGCAUCCGCACCAACCAUUCAGGCAUAUUACGAACUCAAAGAACCGCGCUCUGUAAUGAGAAGCCUGGAUAGCGACUAUUUGUACGAGGCAAAUUUGAAUGCUUCGAUAUCGUACUUAGAUAAGCGCUUUCCAUCAAUUCGCAAAAUUUUCAGACGCAGGUUUGAAGAAACUCGUCAAUCACGUGUACGAGUGUUAGAUAGAAAAGCUAUAGAUCGAAUGAUUGACGAAUUUUCGAAGGUUCAUGAAAAAGUAAGCAGAGCAGUGUGGCUAAUGACACCUAAGAGAGACAAUAAAUGUUGGGAUGCAGUCGAUUAG